CCUGGAAUGAAAGAAAGGAGGAUACAGAGACCGUAAUUACUUAGCGGACAGGCGGUGGGAAGAAAACGGAACUACCGACCAACAUCCAGAAACUGCUUGAUGAGGACGGCAGUACCCUCCUCCUCCCUCUUUCCCGCGUGUCAUCAGUCACCCUGAAGCCAAAAGUUCCCUCCUUAAAUCUGGCAGAAAGGACACUUAGAGAAAAAGAAAGUGGCAAUGCAUAACCAGUAGUCUGAGGUUUCAGUCAUCUUGCUCUUACAAUGAUCAAAUGCUUGCCUGAAGAAGUACAAACCAGUCUGCGCUCUGGAGUGGCCAUUAACUCAGUGGGACAUUGUGUUGAGGAGCUUAUCCUUAAUAGCAUAGAUGCAAAAGCUACAUGUAUUGCCAUUAGAGUGGAUUUGGAUACCUUUAAAGUCCAGGUGGUGGACAAUGGCUGUGGGAUGGGAAGAGAAGACCUCAACAAAGUAGGCAAUAGAUACUUUACUAGUAAAUGUUAUUCAUUGGAAGACUUAGAAAAUCUCAAGUUUUAUGGCUUCCGUGGAGAGGCUUUGGCAAGCAUUGCAAAUAUGGCCAGUAUAUUGGAAAUAUCAUCCAAGAGAAGUAAGAUAGCAAAAACCUUCUUGAAACUGUUUCACAAUGGAAAAGGUCUUGAAGUCUCAGAAGCAGGAUUGAAUAGGCCAAGUCUUGGAACAACAGUGACUUUGUACAACUUGUACCAUCAGUUACCUGUGAGGAGAAAAUGCAUGGAUUCCACACUGGAAUUUGAGAGAGUGAGACAUAAGGUAGAGGCUCUAUCACUUGUUCACCCAUGUGUCUCUUUUUCUUUACGGAAUGAAGCUUCCUGUUCAAUGGUGCUUCAGCUACCCAAGACAAAAGAUAUGUGCUCACGGUUUUCUCAGAUUUAUGGUCUAGGUAAAUCCCAGAAAUUACGAGGUAUAAACUAUAUGUCUGGAGGAUUUGAAAUAAUGGGCUUUAUCAGUUCUGAAGGACAUUACAAUAAGAAUAUUCAGUUUUUGUAUGUAAAUAAUAGACUGAUAUUAAAAACAAAAUUGCAUAAGCUUAUUGAUUUUCUAUUGAGGAAACAGAGUCUUAUAUGUAAAACAAAAACUGGGUCUUUGAUAUCAAGUCCCUCUCGCUAUCGUUCUGGCUCAGAACUCUAUGGAGUGUUUAUUAUCAAUGUGAAAUGUCGACAUGAUGAGUAUGAUAUAUGUUUGGAACCUGCAAAAACUUUAAUAGAAUUUCGCAGAUGGGAUGCAGUCCUAACCUGCUUUGAAGAAGGAGUAAAAGCAUUUUUAAAGCAAGAACACCUAUUUAUUGAGUUGUGCGGUGAAGAUACUACAGAAUUUAAUGAAAAUAAUGGCUUUUGUUUAGGUAACAUAAUAGCUUUAAAGCCUUCUCUCCCCAAAGAGAAGGAUGUGCAGGAGAGUUUUAAAACAGCUUGUGAUAAUAUUGUGGAUUCCUAUGAAAGAUUUAAUCUGCAAUCAAAAUCUGUCAGAAGGAAAGUAACUCUGACAAAGAAGACAUCAGAUAAUAUAGAACCUAUUAACAGUGUGACAGAAGUAGGUGUUUACUCAGAUGUAAUUGGUUUUGAACCUGUUCAUGAGUUGAGAAAUAGUAAAGAACAGCAUCUUCUGCCUGAUAAAAAUGACAUUGUUUCUGAUUUUCUAAAAUUUAAUAAACUCCCUGAGGAGUCAGAACCACACACUGAGAAUACAAAUUCCAAAUGCCCAGAAGAACUUGGCAUCCAAGGCAAAUCAAUUGUUUCAGAAACAGACCAGGAUUCUGGUACUUUGCUUUGUACUGAGAAGCAUGGGAAAGAUGUAAAUAGUCAACAAGAUACAGGAGGCCAGGAAAGAAGUCCUGAUUCAACCACUGUGGGAUGCACUGAAACUGUAGAGCAUAUUGAUGAAUUUAAAAAUAAAUGUGUUGUUGGACAUAGUUUGAUGGGAAAAUAUGAGUCAGAAAAAAAGGGCAGAGAAUCCUCUACUGAGUUAAAUACUACUAGAGGACUGAUAGUAAAACACAGUCCUUUGAAACUGGGUUCCACAAGCAUUAUAACACACUUACUGCAAAAUCAGCCACCAUAUAAAACAACAGAAACUAAUAAUUUAUUAAACAGACAGGCUAAACUGGGUCCAGUAAGUGCCAAGGAUAUGUUUGAAAAACAGCUAGAGUUUUCAGAGCAGAUUGCAAGUUCUCAAGAAUAUAUGAGAAAAACCCAUAUAAUACAUACAGGAAAUACAAAGGAAUGGCGAGAGAAAAAGAAUGUAUCAGCCUCACUUCCUGCAGACAGUACUGUGGAUUCUGUAAUAUCACAUGUGAAAAAAUGUAUGUAUGGGGUUCCUGCAGAUACAGCUUAUCAUCUAGGUGGUACAAACAGCAGUAGACAAAUAAAUGAGUUUUCUGUUAGGCUUCAAUACUGUGGCUCAACAAAAUUAAGUUGCCAUCCAAAGCUGGGAUCACUAGAUAGAUUUAGGAAAUAUUACGGGAAUUUAAAAAGGAAUGCAUCAAUAAGAGAUACAGAAAUAAAAAAUAGUAAUGAAGAACUGGUCUGUUCCAGAUCUAUGGCUGGCGAGAAAACAGAUCUCCAGAAUUGUAAUAUUUGUGAAACUCCAACAAAAGAAUACUUUGUGUCUAAUAAUAGUAGCUGUACUUGCCUCCUCUUAGAAAAGUCUCAGCAUUCCCCAGAAGAAACUCUGUCAAUCAGAAAAGGUUUUAAUACAAGUCCCACUACAGAAUAUUCUCAAAUAAUAAGGAAAUCUCUAUCUGGAUCUAAAUUUACAAGGACACUUGCCUCUAAAGUGUCAAGAAUGAAAGACUGUGGUAAGGAUGCUAUAAGUACAAAACCCAUAGAGAAAUCUUUAGCUCAAACUCAAGUGUGUUCAGAUCCCAAAGAUAAAAAUGUACAGCAUCUCACAUCUAGAAAUACUCAUUUGCAAAGUACCUAUGAAAAACCUCAAUAUUGCCCUUCCCUAAGAGAAGAAGGGGUAGAAAAUAAUUGUUUUGCUUCAGCCUCUGAUGAGCAAGGUAAUUCCAUGGGAACAUCAAGUGCAAGAGCGGAUGUGGACGAGAGCGCUAGUCAUUGUUUCAUUGACACUGAUGGAGAAUACAUGAUCUCCCAAAAUAAACAAUCAGUUCUGUGCAACGAAGAAGUGGAUACUGACAUUUCUUGUGAAGAUGCAAGCAUUAUGGGUGAAUUUACAAAGCAAACUGUGAAAGGCUAUGAGCUUCAGAGUGUAAACUUGCCCAGAAAUAUGGAAGAUGCCACAGAUGAUUCAAGCGUAAGUGAGAGUGAACAACCAAAACCCAGUCCCUCUAAGUGGUUUUAUCAGUUUGAUGCAUCAUUGGGCAGAAUGGUAUACAUCAACAAAAUGAGUGGGUUGAGUUCCUAUAGAGCUCCUCCUGAAGAAGCUCCUGUAGCUUGUACUCAAGAUCUAAGCACAAUAGCUGUAAACGUCAUAGAGAAUGGGUUUCAGUGCAGGUGUCAUCCGUUUCGAAGUGAGCUUAUUGUGCCCUUCCUUCCAAAAGCACAGAAAGAGAGGAGUUUGGAAAGCCAGGAUUUCAGAGAUACACAAGAAGAAUCUCUUCAGGACCUGCUUUCAGAGUGGGACAAUCCUGUGUUUGCUCAAUGUCCAGAGGUUGCCCUGGAUGUCAGCAGUGGGCAGGCCGAUACUCUUGCUGUGAAAAUACAUAACAUCCUCUAUCCUUAUCGGUUCACUAAAAAGAUGAUUGAUUCUUUGCAGGUCCUUAAUCAAGUGGACAAUAAAUUUAUUGCUUGUUUAAUCAACACUAGGGCAGAUGAGAGUGAACGUGCAGAUGGGAAUCUUCUUGUGCUAGUGGAUCAGCAUGCAGCCCAUGAGCGUGUCCGUCUUGAGCAACUUAUCACAGAUUCCUAUGACAAGCAGCAUGAAGCAUUGGGCAAGAAGAAAUUACUGGCUUCCACUUUGUGUCCCCCAUUGGAGAUUGAAAUAACAGAGGAUCAGAGAAGACUCUUGUGGUGCUGUCAUAAAAGUCUAGAGAACUUGGGCCUUGAAUUGACGUUUCCAAAGAACAAUCCCUCUCAGAUUCUUGUUGGGAAAGUGCCACUGUGUUUUGUGGAGAGAGAGGCUAAUGAGUUGCGGCGUGGAAGACAUACUGUGACUAAGAGAAUUGUGCAGGAGCUCAUUCAAGAACAAGUUGAGUUACUACAGGCAACUGGUGGGACACAAGCAACAUUACCAUUAACCAUUCUGAAAGUGCUAGCUUCCCAGGCCUGCCACGGUGCUGUUAAGUUCAAUGACAGUUUGACUUUAGAGGAAAGUUGCCAUCUUAUGGCUUCUUUGUCAUGUUGUCAGCUGCCUUUCCAGUGUGCACAUGGGAGACCCUCCAUGUUGCCUCUUGCAGAUGUGGAUCAUUUGCAGCAGGAAAGUCAGCUGAAACCUAAUCUGGCAAAACUAAGAAAAAUAGUUAAAGCCUGGAAACUCUUUGGGAAAGAAAAAGAAUCUGCUCUGAAAGAUGAAGCCUCAGCAGUUCUAUGAAUACUGGUGCUAUGUAACCAAUAGUUUUUGUACUACGAACUCCCUGGUGUUAUGGAAGAUGAAAAUUCAGUAAUUUGAAAGAAGGAUUCUAAUACUUUGGAUCAUCUAUAUUGGAGCCAGAAUCAAAGAUUUGUUCUCCUGGGGAACAUUUCAUGUGCACUGGACCUGUCUUAGUAGUUUACUUAUUUUUAAUUUUUUUUUUAAAAAGCAUUGCAUCCUUGCCUCUUCUUACUAAAACAGUUUCACAUAUGUGCAGUAAGUUCAGCAAAACUCUGACUUAGACAACAAUUCUGGUGUUUUCGUAUCAAUUCAUAAAGUGAGCUAAAUUUAGGUACUGAUUUCUAGUACAGGCUAUAAUUUUUAAUGAAUUGCUAUUUAAAAACAGCCCUCCACCUUUUUGUUAUUGCUAACAUGCAGCAUGUAUUACCAUAACUUUCUUGAAGUAUUAUUACCUUUAGAUAAAACGAAAGUGGGAAUAAGGUACUACUUUAUUGGUUAAGAAGCAAAGUAACUUCCAUGUUACAAUUCCUGUCAGUUUUUUAUUUUAUUCUCCUUUUUGAAGCUUUUUCUAUGCAUUAUAGAGAACGUUUUUCAACAAUUUAAGAGCAAUUCCUUCUUUGCUGAGGUCAAAGAUAAGAAAUUCUGGUGUCCUCCAAAUGUUUUAUAGACUACAGUCCUCACAAUUUCUUGUCACUGACCAUAAAGGCUAAGGUUUAUGGGAACUGAAAUCCAAAGUACCUGGAGGGCAUCAAGUUGGCUACUCUUGAAUUAGUAUGUCAUUGGAUUAUGAUGUAUUUAGGAGGUUGUGGGGUAUUACUAAUAAAGUUGUUGGAACACAUCUAGAACACAAGGAGUGCUCAUGCUUACGGAGAAAGCACAGGUCAAAGAAAAUUGCUUCUGGAGAUAGCACUUUCAUUUUAUGUAGUUUAUUUGAUUUAGUUACUAUUUCCUCAAUGAAAAGGUUGGCAUUUGUUAUAUCACCCAUUUAUGCUGGAAUAAAUUAAGUCCACAGCUCA